AUGCCCGAAAAUCUUGUUAUAAAUUGGAUUGGAGAGAAUCUUCAAAGGCUUCUUGAUAAUAACAAAGCAUGGGCUAAAUCAAUUACAGAGACGGAACCAGAAUUCUUUACUACCACGGCAAAAGCACAACAUCCAAAGAUCGCUUGGUUUGGUUGCUCCGAUUCUCGCGUUCCAGCCGAGACUGUGGUUCAAUUAGGACCCGGUGAAAUUUUUGUUCACCGAAAUAUCGCCAAUCAAUUAAACCACGCUGAUUUGAACUCAUUGUCGGUUUUACAAUAUGCGGUCGACCAUCUUAAGGUCGAACACAUCAUCGUUUGUGGUCAUUAUGGAUGCGGUGGUGUGUUGGCUGCAAUGUCAAAUGAUCAACAUGGUUUGGUUGACCACUGGUUAAGAAACAUUAAGGAUGUUUAUAAGAAUAACAAAUCAACGAUAGAAUCAUCCGCACCCGAGAAACGAUCGAACUUGCUUGUAGAAUUAAAUGUUAAACAACAAGUUUAUAAUAUUGCGGCUACAAAUAUCGUUCAAAGUGCCUGGGCUGCUGGUAGGAAAUUGGAAAUUCACGGAUGGGCUUAUCGUCUUGACAAUGGAAUAUUGAAUGAUUUGAAAGUAGAUAUAAAGGGUGAAAAAGAUUUAAGUGAUCAAAUUUAUAAAGUAUUGCCAGUAUUGCCGGGAAAUGAAGAAAGUAAAAGAAAAAGGUUAAAAUUUUCUGAUAACAAUAAUGACGAAUUGCAAGCUUAUUGUGAUUUUGAAGUUCAAGUAUCUUUACCAGAUCCAGAAUAUGAAAAUAAAAUUAAUGAAUUAAUGCAUCUUAAUAAGCAAUUAUUAUCUGAAAUUAAUGAAUUAAAGUAUUUUAAUAAGCAAUUACUAUCUGAAAAUGAAAGAUUAAAAAAAAAGUUAGAUAGCUGA